AUGCCUGACCAAAGGCUUGGCGAUGUAGUAGAAUAUGCAAAGUUUGCUGAAGGCGAGCUAGCCAUGAUACUUGGCGAGAUAACGCUGCAGAACGAAAAGCUUGUUGAGGUACAGCGGAAGAUUGGAAUCGGCAGGGCGCAUUUAAUCAGGAACUCACGAUUACUUAACGAGAUAUUCAAAAUGACCAGGCCAAGGCUUGCAAUUGGGUUGAUUGUGUUUUCAAUUGGAAUCGCUGUGCUUGUUUACAUCGGAUUGCCGUCCAGUAUUGCAUGA